AUGGAGGCAAACCACACAUCCCCUGUUCUCACUGACCCGUCUCCUAUGAACAACACAAGAUUAGGAAUUCACUCUGCCAUGCUACCUUACUCUCACAAUGGCUCCUCAUUUUCUCCCCCACUGUUCCUUACUAUACCAAGGAGAAAGAAUGGAAUACUUGAUGACAUACGUUGCUCCAUGUUUGAUGCCAUGAAAUCGUCAUCUCCAACUCAUAAUAAUCUACCAAAUGAGACCAAUACAGAGUCGACUCUAAAUGACGACGAUAUAGCUUACCGCAACUGGCUGUUCAAGUAUCCAUCGGCACUUGGGUCUUUCGAGCAAAUAGCAAACAAUGCAAAGGGAAAGAGGAUAGCGUUAUUCUUGGAUUAUGAUGGGACUUUAUCCCCGAUAGUGGACAACCCUGAUAAUGCAUUCAUGUCUAGUGUGAUGCGUGCUGCUGUCAGCAAUGUGGCUAAGUAUUUCCCCACAGCUAUAAUUAGCGGAAGAAGCCGUGACAAGGUAUACGAGUUUGUAGGCCUAACUGAACUUUAUUAUGCUGGUAGUCAUGGAAUGGACAUCAUGGGUCCUGUUCGUCCCUCUAACAGUGACCAUAAGAACUGUAUUCGGUCCACUGACAAACAGGGCAAGGAAGUCAACUUAUUCCAGCCUGCUAGUGAAUUCUUACCCAUGAUUGACGAGGUUUUUGAAUCUCUCAUCGAGAUUACAAAAGAUAUAGCUGGUGCACAAGUCGAGAACAACAAGUUUUGUGUUUCCGUACACUAUCGUAAUGUGGAUGAGAAGAGUUGGUCGUUAGUUGGUCAGUUGGUGGAGGAAAUUCUGUCAAGGUAUCCUCGUUUGCGGUUGACUCAUGGUCGGAAGGUUUUGGAAGUCCGACCAGUCCUGAACUGGCACAAGGGUAAAGCUGUCGAAUUUCUACUUGAAUCUCUUGGUGAGUGA